UGGGAAAAGCAAUAGUGUUAGUUGAACGUUUGGGACAAAUCAAGACGUUUCAUUUAUUCAAGAUUUAGUCUCGAAUGGAAUUAGUCUCGAUCUCGAACCAGCCUUCCAGUUCCUCGCUGAAUGCCCGAGAUAGCGGAAGCGUCAGUGUUUAUAUGUACGAACACGAGUUAAAAUUUCUGAAGUGGCUCGUUCUGCAGAAACGUGAUAUUGAAACCGGUGGUGAUUUGUUUGGUUUAUGGCAGGACAAACGGACGGCAGUUGUACAACUUAUCUUAGGUCCAGGGAAGGGAUGCAAACGGACAACAUCAUCAUUUCAUCAGGACGUGAACUAUUUAAGAGAAGCUGGCGGUUACUUGACUUCCUCGCAAGGAUUAUGUAAUAUUGGAGAAUGGCAUUCACACCACAAAUUAGGUUUGGCAGAACCAAGUCAUGGGGAUCAGAACACCGUGUGGAAACAUUUACCUGACGUCGCUGGAGGAAGGUUUAUAGUGUUCAUCGCAAACAUCACAGGUGAACCAGCAAGGGUAAAUAUUGGAUGUUUCCUCUUCGACACAAGUCUACAAAAAAUGCUAACAGGUAAUAUCAAAUGUCUAUCAUGUCCAAGUCCUGUUCGCCUGACAUUGGAGAAGACGACGAUGUACCAUAAAAUAACCUCAGACGCAGAAGAUGGACAAGAUUGGGAAACAUUCAAAAUUGAAAGCCACACCACUGACCAAGAAACAACUACGAGAGUUCAGAGCUACCUGAAUGGAAUUAUAGAAUCACUUCGCGCUUUUUACGAGUACAUACGCAGGUGCACUAAUAAUCGCAAUUAUGAAGAUAUUGAUAAUCAAUGAUUUUACUGUUAUAGUUGUUAUAAUGUAUUAUAAUAUUGAUGUUGAUUGUAGGUCUAAAAAGCAAAGGAACAGAAAAAUACUAUUUAUAACCAAAUCCGGUUAAGCAGCUCAGGUCUUUUACUCCGUCAGGAAUAGACAGCUCGUUUAUGUCAGGGCUAUAGGCGUUUUAGAAUAAGCUAAUGCAUGGUUUGUACGAGCAAACCCCCUUCCUUCCCCGGAAACUCUGUUUCGAGGUGGAGAAUGCAGCAAUUAAUGUUAAACAUACCCAGGAAUGCAUGAGCUGUCUCAUUCUUUGCGCGGCACAGCAAGAUGCAUGAACAAUAAUAUUUCCCGAUAUAAAUUUACCAGUAUAAAUUUAUUUAAAAACACAUGCACAUGCAGUCGAAUGUAAACGAAUGUGAAUGUUAAGAAUGUUAAUGUUAUAUCCUGUAGUUAUAUUCAAA